AUGAUUUCGCUGAAAGCUAAAUACAUCCCCAUCGCACACACAAUUUGCGCAGGUGCGGCUUUUUUGGUCGCUCUUGCGGUGGGUUGUCGCUUGCAUUACAUCAAAAUUGUGACAAACGCGCAUUACACUUACCCUGAGGAAUGGUUCCCAAGUGUUUCCGCUACAAUUGGGGAUAGAUAUCCAGAAAGAUCAAUUUUCCAGAUUUUGAUCGCAUUGACGGCGUUUCCACGAUUUUUGCUACUUCUAGGGCAUUAUAUUUUGAACAAGUCUGUUGCCACUGCUCUUGUGGGCCUAGCGAGAACUGUCACAUGCGGUGGCUGGGUCUAUAUCACCAGUACAGAUGACCACAACACUCACGACGUUUUUAUGAUUUCUUACAUUGUUUUAACUAUUCCUUGGGAUACGAUGAUCAUCCGGCACAGUGAGAACAAGAAGUCGAAAAAAUUGGCCAUGACGGCCUUUUUUGGCACGCUUGUACCCUUGAUUUACUGGUUCAUCCAGCACAAUGUGCACACGAGACCCGGGGCUUACUCAAUUUAUGCCUAUUUCGAGUGGUCAUUGAUUGUGCUCGAUAUAGCAUUCGACGCUCUGGCUUAUAAGGACUUCGAAAAGCUUACCAUUCACCUUGAUUUAAAUCCAGAAACUGAACGUGGACUUUUUACACUUGAAAAUGAUGAUUUGGAGGCUACAAAGGAUGAAAGUGGUGAGCAAAUCAACGACAAACCUUUGCCAGCAAAGAGCAAUACUUUUACCAGCGAUCCCGCGGACGAGGCGAACGGUUCUGAUUCUAGUGAUGAGGACUAUAAUGCUUCAGGAAGUGAUUUCGGAGAUACGGAAAUUAUUCAGGAAGAAUCGACUCAAUUGAUUUCAUGCGAAGAUGAUGAAAUCCAGAUAAUGAUUCAGGAGGAAGAAGUGAAAACAACGACUUUCAUUGGGAGCAAUUUUAUCAAACUUCCUGAUCAGCAAUCUUUGUUUCACAUCACUUUGGCAAUUGUUAACUCGUUUCUGUUUUGGACGCUUUUAACAGGUCUAUUUUGCAGCGUAUGGUACUUCCCUCUAUGGUACAUGGGGAUUUCAGGAUACGAAGCAAGUAUUUUGUCUGCUACAGCUCCAUUCUUACUAUCACUACCUUUGAUGCCCGUUUUAAUAAAUCUCUAUGGGGGUUUACUUGGAGGAGUCAUCGGUGUCGGCGCUUUUCUCGUUAAGAAACCUGAGGCGAGGCUUAUGACGGUAGCCCUGGGUUUGGCUUUAAUGAACUGCAGUUUUGUGCAAAAUCUGAGAAUGAUUGGUGGCUCCGAAGAGGCCAAUAUGUUCUCGGUUACCUGGAUUUUGGGGCUCGUCUUCUCAGUGAUCCUUAAAGCGAGAUUUUUCUCCAACAACCCUUUGUGGCCAAUUCUCAAUGAAGAAAAUGGUGGAUGGAAUAAGACUGGUAUGGCUAUCGCUUUGAUCUCGGGAAUUUUGUCUCCUUUAGUGAGCUCGGCUUACUCACAGAAAUUUGACGCACUUCGGCCAAAAUUUUGCUUCUGGAAGAAACUAGCCAUUUCUAGUGGCUUUGGAUGUUUGGUUUUUGCUAUGCACCAGCUCAUGACGGAUUCCUCGACCAUCAUUUACUGGUCAUGGGAAGGUUUUGGCAAAGGGGUUGCGCAGGGCCCUCUAGCAUGGCCUUACAAUUGCCUCACCUGCUGCGUUCUCCUAAUGUCUUCCCUCUUUUCCUUGAAAUUCGUCAAUAGACCAAUGGUUCCCUGUGGGCUUCUCAUUGUAUCAACCGUUGUUCUUUGCGCUAGGCCCAUAAGUGGAUACUUUAACUACAUUUUUGGAGGCCUUACAUAUAUCACUGCGCUCAUUUUCAUGGUCCCAAUUUACUUAUCGAGUAUGAAUUUGGUGGGAUGCCCGCUUUUUUUCGGUUGGUCCUUCUUGGUCUAUGUGGUGUUGGUGCUCGCUCAUGUUUGGACGGUUGCCUACGCGUUUGUUCCAGGCGGAUGGCUCUUGAGAGAAAGAAUCGAAUAUGUGUUGGCAUUUUCGACCAUUUUGAUAUUAAUUGGCUCUUCAACACUCAAGCUACCAGCCGCAAGGUUAGGCUCAAAAUUUUCGAAAAACAUAUAUUUCGUUGGACUACUAUUCCUUUCCUUUAUUGCAAAGACCGCUUAUGAUCUACGUCCAACUGGUGUCCCUACCCCAUACCAUCCUCAAGAGAAGUUAAUCACAGCCGGCAUCUGGACGAUACAUUUCGGUCUCGAUAAUGAUAUGUGGUCUUCGGAGCAGAAAAUGAUUGAUCUCAUGAGAGACAUGGAGCUUGAUAUCGUUGGUUUACUGGAAACAGAUACCCAAAGGAUCACAAUGGGGAAUAGAGAUUUGACAGCCAAGAUGGCGCACGAUUUGGGAAUGUAUGCAGAUUUUGGUCCUGGACCUAACAAGCAUACUUGGGGUUGUGUGCUUUUGUCGAAAUUCCCUAUCAUAAACUCCACUCAUCAUCUGCUACCUUCUCCAGUUGGCGAACUUGCACCGGCUAUUCAGGCGACUAUUGAGGCAUACGAUGGCACCCUAGUGGAUGUUUUCGUUUUCCACAGCGGACAAGAGGAAGAUGAAGAAGAUAGACGUCUACAAACGGCUGAACUAGCGCGUCUUAUGGGAUCUAGUGAUAGGCCUGCUAUAUUAUUGAGUUACCUGGUCACUGAACCCCUAGAAGGCAAUUACAACACUUAUGUGAGUGAAUUGUCCGGCAUGCAUGACAUUGACCCAACGGAUGAUGACAGAUGGUGUCAAUACAUUUUGUACAAAAACCUGAAAAGGGUAGGCUACGCAAGAGUAAGUCGCGGCUCCGUGACAGAUACGGAAUUGCAAGUAGGGAAAUUCCAAACCAUGAAUGCUGAAGAGGCGAGAUCUUAUGGGGAAUCGAUAUAUGAUGUCAAUUACGUUCAAGAGGCCGAAGAAGUGAACGAAGAGUGGAGAUUUCCAGACGCAUAUCUCGGCGAAGGUGUCAACGGACACCAUUAUCAUGUCUUCGACGAACCUCGCUAUUACGAGCUUCUUUGA